UCCAUUCAUUCAAUCAGUCUGGACGCGGCCACCCAAGGAGGAGGGUUUGUCGUUUACAAUUCUACCAAAACGGGUUUCGGUGUGAUUAGUGUUUUGUUUUGUUGUGCAUGAUGGCUUACAACGGUAGUGGUGAAAAAAGACUACGUGCAGGUAGCGACCUGGAUGUUGAAAGGAGCAACGGCAACAACUACAUGGCCGGCGAGCCAUGCCGCAAACGAAAGCUGCCGGCGCGGCCGAACCACAUACUGCUCUACACCAUCAUCAAUCCGGCAUAUCCCAUCACUGUGGACGUAAUACACACAAUAAGCACCCCGCACGGACAAGUGCAAAGGAUCGUCGUCUUCAAGAAGAAUGGCGUGCAGGCGAUGGUUGAGUUUGAAAGCGUGGAAUCAGCGACGAGAGCAAAAGAAGCACUACACGGCUGCGACAUAUACUCGGGAUGCUGCACACUCAAAAUUGAAUUCGCUAAGCCCGAAAAAUUGAACGUGUUCAAAAACGACCAGGAGAGCUGGGACUACACAUUAUCCGAGGACUUGCAGCCGGUACAGAGGAGCGCCCCGCUUCUGCAGUCACCGCAGUACACAGGUGGACGACCCCAGCCUUACAAUCCAAACUCGACACCAUCCCAGGCUACCACCAGAUGCUGCAGUGAAGAUUCGUGCAGUCAACACAGCCAGCACUCGUGCGAACAAACCCACAAUGAUAUGGACUAUGGAAGCGGUGGGCCUCCACCUCCGGGGAUGAUGAAGGAACGACAUGGGCCGCCACCGCCACAUCAUCCUCGUGACGGUCGCGGUUACGGGCCUGAAGGUUACGGUGGCGAGGGUUUCGUUCCGCCACCCCCGAUGCAUCACCCGUCGAUGGCACCACAAAACCAGGGCGGACCACCACAGCAGGGAGCGGUCAUGAUGGUGUACGGACUUGAUCCUCAGACUGCGAACUCGGAUAGACUUUUCAAUCUGUGCUGCCUGUAUGGUAAUGUUGUGCGGAUAAAAUUCUUGAAAACAAAGGAAGGUACAGCCAUGGUUCAAAUGGGUGAUGGUGUCUCGGUGGAACGUUGUGUCCAGAACCUGAACAAUGUCACCGUCGGAGAUUACACUUUGACUUUGGCUUUUUCAAAACAAGCGUACCUGUCAGAAGUGAUGAACCCGUAUCCGCUCCCCGACAAGAGUCCUUCGUUCAAAGAUUACGUGGGUAACAAGAACAAUCGCUUCUUAACGCCGGCCUCUAUACACAAGAACAGAAUACAACCACCCUCUAAGGUGUUGCAUUUCUUCAACACGCCCCCAGACGUGUCUGACGAACAGCUGCUGCAAGUGUUCAAGGACUACGGAGUGACGCCGCCCCAUACUAUCUCCAAAUUUCCGCUCAAAAGUGAGAGAUCAUCAUCAGGACUGAUGGAGUUUCAGAACAUUUCGCAGUCUGUCAUGGCGAUCAUGGCAUGUAAUCAUGCGACCAUACAGCAUCCUGGUGCAAAAUUCCCGUUCGUCAUGAAACUGUGUUUCUCCUCGUCCCGACAAAUCGGACAGGGCAAGGGUUUGAAGUCUGAUCAGAAUCAGAACCAGAACCAGCGGCAAGCCCAGAACAACGGCAUGGUCGAGCACGAAUACUAUUAAACGGAGAAGCGGCGCAGAACACAAACUCACACAUAUCAAGACGGAAGGCAACACACACACACUGACCACUACGAGUUUCAGGGGGAGGGGGGAGGGGAGAUUUGCCUGUGCAUAGAAUUACAGAUUCAAAACUUUCCAGCAGAAAAAAGUGUUUUAAAAAAAAAAACCGCAAAGGCAAAAUCUAUAAUAAUUCCUUAUUUUUAGAAUUUUGUGAUCUAGAUCACUCUUAUAAAGACAUUAACAGUUAGUUUCUUUUGUCUAUGUUGUAAUUAUUUAGACACAAAAUAACAUGUUAUCAUAUUAUAUUUCUUAAUUACACAUAUUACAUUUCCAUUUAUUUUAUUUUCAUUUUUUUUUCUUUUGUGUUUUUUUUCAUUUAUGUAUCUAUAAACUUUUUUUUGGAGCUUCGCUCCGUUGAGUGCAUUGAGCAUUUUGUUUUAUGACUUAGCUUUAUUGGAUAAGAAGUUAUUCCCAAUUUAAUUUGUGUAAUUUAUUAGAUUUAGUUUAAAGCUUUUCUUUUUAAAAUAAUUAGUACGAAAACCAUUUUCAAAGUUCAGUUGUUUUUGUAUUCGUAGGAGGGCGGGAGCAAAAUACAAAUGUUUUUUUUUAUUUUUUAUUGAUUUAUCGGUAAUCGGCCUGUCGAGCACACGAUAGUUUCUUUGAGCAUUGCCUUGGUGAUUCAGUUUCUGGUAACACUUCGCAAUCGGACACGACAUACGGAGAAAAAAAUGUCGCGUGUUGACGCUUUCUCGCGGCUGGCAACCCUCGCGUUGUUGCAGAACGAUUGCUUUCAAAUCGUUUGCCUGUCGCUUUAAACUUAUAAGACUAUACAAGAGGGUGAUUUUGCUCUAUUCGGCGAUACAUACAGAGUAUAAAAUUUACAGAAAAAUAAAUUAAAAAAAAUGUUGUAUCUCUAUUUAUGAAUUUUGAAGUUAUACUUCUUUAGGCGCGUUAUGAAAAAUUGAUGAGAGUGAAAUUUUACGAUGCGCGCGCACCGGUACACAAAAUUAAGAGAAUGAAGUUGCCCACUAAAUCGCUCAGUACAAUACGACCGACGUAACUUGGCGAGUCUGAAUAUAGCCGCAGGUGAACUUUCGCGCAUGUACACUAGUAAAAAAAGUGUUAUUAGCAUUAAUUUUUUAAACGUUAAAUAUUUAUUAUUAAUUAUUUAACAUUUAAAAAAAAAAAUUUUUUUUUUAGUAAAAACAAAGUAUAACUUACGCGCGUACAUAAGUACACGCACCCUUUUUUAUUUUUAAUGCGGAAUGGGUUUCGGUUUUUGCACGUUUCUUUAUUUAUUUUUGCACAAGUCUCGUGUUUUUUUGUUUUUUAUUUUUUUGUUAAACCAAUCGUCGAUUGUCUCUUAGUUUCGUAUCGCCCCGCCGUACCAUACGAGAACUAUCUGUAAGCGAAUAGUUUAGCACUGUAUUAGUAUAAAUAGUAAGUGUCGUUGGAAUGUCAAUUAUAUUUGAUUAGUAUUGAGAGGAGCGCGGUAAAACGGAUUUUCUAAAAAAAAAAAGAAAAAAACUGGUAGCCUCGUAAAUGUUUUUUCUUUUGUCUUCUGUUUUUAUCUUCUUAAAAGAUUAGACUAAGGAUUCCCGGCUGAGUAACGAAACACCAGGGAUGUGCUAUCUUGAAAUUUUUUUUUUUUCGUUCUAUUUUUAGAUUAGACUUUUGUGCUGUGUGUCGUGUUCUCGUCUGUGGUGCUGUUUAUGUGAUUACAUCAAUCGUAAAUAACUUUUGACUUAGUUCAUUUGAUAAAUUAUCAAUUUUACGUAAAGAAUUCCAGAUCGCAAAUUUUGGCAUUGCCCGAUGUUUCACUCGACCAGCACACACCAUUUCUCAUUCAGUUACAAUAUGACUAAUGAUAUCAGUAAAUGUUUGAUAAUCCUAUUAUAAUAUAUGGUUGGGAAAUCGGAUCUAAAUACAAAUAAAAAGAUUUCAAAUACAUUCAGAAUAGAGAAAUCCUGAUGUUCUCAUCGUGGCCCUGACGACAAAUCGCGUGUCAAAUCUAUAUAAACAGUAUUACAGACUAAAAAAUAAAUAAACAAACAAACAUAGAUCUCUAAAUAGCUGAAUUAAAUUGGUGUUGUCAUUAAAGUAAAUCUUUAAAAAAAAAAACUAGAUGCAUAUCUUUUUGUCUAGAGAUAUUUUGGAUUGAGAAAAAAAAAACACUUUAAUGUAUCAUAAACUUUUUAGGCGUUAGGAUUUGAUGUCGUGUUAGCGUUAUUGUUUUUCUUGUUAAAAGUGAAAAUGGCGGGUCGAAUGUAUAUGAGAAAGUAUUAAAAUGAUUUUAAAGGAGAAUCUAGUAUCCAGUUGUGAUGACGUGACAAUUUGACACAGAACCUGUCGAUUGUAUUGUUUUUUUUUUAAAUGUAUCGCACAUCGAGAAGGAAAGUGACAAGUAAAGAAAAUUUCCAAGAACUGGCAACAUUUCAAAACAAUUGCCGUUUUGGAAUGAAUGAGAAAGUUUCGAAUUAAUUUGAGGUCACUUUUUUUAUUCGAUGUGUCGUCACAUACAUCAAACAAAAAUGACGACGCUUCACAAGAAUAACACAAGAAAUGGCACUCUCGCGUAUUUCAUAAUAAGAUAAUGUAAUUUUUUUUUUCUCUUAAUUAGACACGAGUAACUAGUUGUAGUUACAUUGUAAACAUUAAAUACGUGUCAACACAACAAAUAUUCUUUCAUUUCAAAACACAUGACGGUAAACGUGUUACUUAAUGUAAAGAGAAUAUUAAAAACUAAAGAGAUUUAUAUUAAAAUUUGUAACACUUUUGUCGUCGACUGUACACAACUAUCCCACACACGACCUUUUUUAUAGCAAACGUUCACGAUUAUACUUUACACGUGAAAGGAGCAUUUCUACUUUUUUUUUUAAUAUCACAAUCGACAUUUACAAUGAAUGGAGCAUUUAUCAUGCAUUAAAAAAAGCUAACCGAUUUGUUGUCUCUUUCGCACUAUAGACAUUUUUGGUUUGUUUAAAAGAAACAGAUCUACUCAUGUUCACAAUAACUGCAAUUAAAAGGCUUCAGAAUACAAAAUUAAUGAAAGUAAACAUUUUAAUUAAACGCAAGCAAAGUAAUUACUAAGUGCCAUUAAAGAAACUUGCUCAAUACUUUUUUUCACGACUAAGGCACAGAUAUUAUGCACGAAUUAUUAAAAAAAAAAAAACACAAAUUAAUUAUUAAUAUAAUUGUAAAGAUUAAGGGAGGUUGUAAAUAGUUUAAUCUCCAUUAUGUUUUUAUUAAUUUUAAUUGUAAAUUAUGUACUAGGAAGCUGCACUUGAAACGCAAAAAGAAUGUAAAUUGUAUAGAAAUAAACAAUGUUUUCGACUGUC